UUGUUUCUGUUGUCGUUUCUGGUGUGCGUGGUUUCUGAUGGUUUUGGUGUUAAAGAAAGGGAAAUGGCUGGCUGAGAUACAGCUUCUGUUUGGAGACUUAACGGACUUGGUUCCUUGAAUGUUUUGCUUUUUUGAUUGGAAGAUUCCGAGGAAGCUGUUUGGAAAUUUUAUGAUAUUCAUUCUUCCGUGAAGGAGAAUUUUAAUGGAAGGCUGUGUAGAAUUAUGUCCAAUGUAGUACAGUGGCCUUCAGUCGUCUAGGCUGGUAAAGGAUAAAGGAACCUGCGGUGCGAUUUAAACAGAAAAUUGGAAGAAACCGCCCAAGUAAGCAAAAAAUAAAGGGAUACGGCCGACAUGACUAAUCCGAAAUGUCCGCAUCAUCCGUCAGGUCUAAUUUGAAACGUCUUGCACAUUCUUCAUGACUAGUCACCUUUUCGAGAAAUGUCCUUCAAACGCGUCUGAAGUAGUCUAGAAUGUCCUUGAACCUAGUCAUGUCUUGUCCGUUUUGUCUGUUGAUCCCGUCCAGACUAGUCAGAAGACUUAAAGAAAGAAGAUGAAAGGUGGAUUUGAACAUCCAACCCGACAGUAUUCGAAACCUGACAGGCAUCCUGACGGCAGAAUAGGACACUAAUAUAGACUGCCGUCAGUUUAUACAGUCUCAAUUACAGAUUGACUCAUGCCCAUCCACUAGACAAUCAGAAACCAGUCGAUGUCAAACGACUUUGACUAGUCUGACACGUCCUUAAUAGUAGUCACGAAUAGUCCGAAGUGUCGCCUGCACGCGUGAUGACUAAUCCUUUUUUUUGAAGAACGUGUCGUCUAUUCUAGUCUGAAAAACUCUAGACAACUCACUUUCUUUGGACUAAUUUAUCUUACUAAUUCAUUUAAACUAACCAAUAAUAGAAUCAACAAUAUCAUCACCAUUAGUAUCAACAGAAUCACCAACAUCAGAAUCAACAACACCUCCAGCAUCAGAUUCAACAACAAAGACAACAAUAGGGCCAACAUCUGCAACGUCGACAGAAACAAGCACAUCACUAACAUCAGAAUCAACAAUAUCACCAACAUCAGAAUCAACAACAGAGACAACGACGCCACCAAAAUCUGAAACGUCAACAGAAACAAGCACAUCACCAGCAUCAGACUCAACAACACUUCCAGCAUCGGAAUCAACAACAGAAACAACGAUACCACCAACAUCUGAAACAUCAACAGAAGGAAGCACGUCACUAACAUCAGAAUCAACAAUAUCACCAACAUCAGAAUCAACAACAGAGACAACGACACCACCAACAUCUGAAACGUCAACAGAAACAAGCACAUCACUAACAUCCGAAUCAACAACACGUCACUAA